AUGCCCGGGCUGCGCCGGGACCGCCUGCUGACCCUGCUGCUGCUGGGCGCGCUCUUCUCCGCCGAUUUCUACUUCCACCUCUGGCCGCAAGUGCAGCGCCAGCUGCGCUCCCCGGGGCGCCCUCCGCGCUGCCCGUGCUCCGUCCGCGCCCCCGCCGCCGCCGCCUCGGACCCGGGCUCCACCGCCGCGGCGCACAACUUUUCCCAAGCCAGGUGGCGGGCCGAGGCGGCGCGGCGGCCGCGGGCCGAGCGGGCCGAGGGGGCGGCCGGCCGCUCCAAGCUGCAGGCCCUGUUCGCCCACCCGCUCUACGGGGUCCCCGAGGAGCCGCCGCCCCUACUGGGACCCGAAGACGUGCUGCUGGCCGGCCCCGAGGCGCUGCGCUAUUACCGAAGGAAGGUGAUCCGGUGGAACAGACGACACCGGAUGUACAGAGAGCAGCUGAACCUCACCUCCCUGGACCCACUAGAGCUCCGACCCGAGGCCAGCUGGGUCCAGUUCCACCUGGGGAUCACCCGCCAUGGGCUGUACUCCCGGCCCAGUCCCGUGGUCAGCAAGCUCCUGCAUGACAUGAGGCACUUCCCCACCAUCAGCGCCGAUUACACUCAGGACGAGAAAGCCUUGCUGGGGGCUUGUGACUGCACACAGAUCGUGAAACCCAGCGGGGUCCACCUGAAACUGGUGCUGAGGUUCUCAGACUUCGGGAAGGCCAUGUUCAAACCCAUGAGACAGCAGCGAGAUGAGGAGACACCCCCAGACUUCUUCUAUUUCAUUGACUUUCAGAGACACAAUGCUGAGAUUGCAGCUUUUCACCUGGACAGGAUUCUGGACUUCCGACGGGUACCACCCACAGUUGGGAGGCUGGUGAAUGUCACCAAGGAAAUCCUAGAGGUCACCAAGAAUGAAAUCUUGCAAAGUGUUUUCUUUGUCUCUCCAGCCAACAACGUGUGCUUCUUCGCCAAGUGCCCGUACAUGUGCAAGACGGAGUACGCAGUCUGUGGGAACCCACACUUACUGGAGGGCUCGCUCUCUGCCUACCUGCCAUCCCUCAACCUGGCCCCCAGGCUGUCUGUGCCCAAUCCCUGGAUCCGUUCCUACACACUCGCAGGAAAAGAGGAGUGGGAGAUCAACCCCCUUUACUGUGACACGGUCAAACAGAUCUACCCUUACAACAACAGCAACCGGCUUCUCAAUGUCAUCGACAUGGCCAUCUUCGACUUCUUGAUAGGAAACAUGGACCGCCAUCACUAUGAGAUGUUCACCAAAUUCGGGGAUGAGGGGUUCCUCAUUCACCUUGACAAUGCCAGAGGGUUCGGACGUCAUUCCCAGGACGAAAUCUCCAUCCUCGCGCCUCUCUCGCAGUGCUGCAUGAUAAAAAAGAAAACCCUUCUGCACCUGCAGUUAUUGGCUCAGGCUGACUACAGACUCAGUGAUGUGAUGCGGGAGUCACUUCUAGAAGACCAGCUCAGCCCAGUCCUCACAGAACCGCACCUCCUGGCCCUGGACCGCAGACUCCAAAUCAUCCUCCAGACUGUGGAGGACUGCAUAGAGGCCCACGGGAAGCACAGGGUCAUAGCCGAUGGCCGACAGGGAGCCCCGGCCUCAGGCCAGGCUAAUCCAACAAGCUAAUGACUACAAAGGUUGAUUUCAGCACACACCUGAGCCAGCAGGGGACGCCUGUGCAGAUGGCAGCUUCCUCAGUGCUGGGGGGGCGGAGGAGGCAGUCAUGUUUGAAACAGCAAAUGGGAUCCACUGAGCUUCAUGGUGACUCCUUGACAGAGGCCACUGCUCCAGUAGAACACUACUGGGGUGUCAUCUCCCCACAAAGCCAGGCUUCCUGAAGGCCACAGAUCCAUCUUCUGAGCACACUGGGAAAUCUGCACAGGGGCCAGGCCCGGAAGGUUCGGGAGCCCUGUAACCAGGACUGUUUUGACUGUAGCAAGUCCAAUAAAAGGACAUCCGUUAGGUA